AUGGAUACUAUCCUCGCCCUCGCUAGCAGCGGCCUAGCCAGCAUCGUCGACAAGCUUGACGCUGCCAUCGUCGGCAACCUUCUCAACGAGGCCAAGGCGGCCAGCUCUGCUACCUCCGACGCAGUCCCUGCCGCCCCAGUCUUCCCUAUCUCAGCCCCCUCUUUGGACUCGGCUACAACUAAAUAUGUUGUCGAAGACGACAAUUCUUCCAACGCCGCGCUGCCAGGUAGCCCUUCAACAAACUAG